AUGGCAGGGCCCAGGACUAAGCUGGAGGUUGUGGAGGUGCAGAGACUUGAAUUUGAGGUGGGGGCGUCAUGUAGGAACUCAGCCCCCUCCAAGAUCUCAGGGAGAACAAUCAACUCUGUUUCUAGGAAGCAAAGUGUGAUGAUCUUUAAUGAAGGCCCAGAAAGGGGAGAGGUAAGUAAUAACACACCCUCGCUCAAGCAGCAGAGAUCAGAAUCAGGUAAUAUGAAGAGGCCAGGCCGGAAGCAUUGUGAUUGGAGCAGAAAUUGGGCAACUGCUUCUGACAUGGGACGGGCCAGGUUCCCCACCCAGGACAAGAUGGCUGCCUCCUCCCCACCACUGCCCUGCCUGUCCUGGAGGGAAGCUUCCCCACAAGGAGCUCAAGUGGAACCCUUCUGCCUCUCUUCUCCUACUCCUUUAGGGGACCUGCACAUGGAGCCUCUUGGGACUGGUGAUGACUUCUGGGGACCCACAGGGCCUGUGGCUACCAAGAUGGUUGACAUAGAGAGGAGCCUGUCCCACCCACCACCCCCACAAAUUCACUUCCAAAUGGCCAGCUCCUACCACUGGCCCAAAAGAGGUCUCCACUUUGUAGCGAGAGGGUCAGGGACCACUGAGAUCGAGUUCUGUGCCUGGGACCAGUUCCUGGAUGGGACUGUCCCACAGCACAGCUGGGUGGUUGCAGGGCCUCUGUUUGAUAUCAAGACUGAGCCAGGAUCUGUGACAGCUGUGUGCCUCCCUCACUUUGUGGUCCUCCAAGAUAACCAAACCCCUGCUCUCCACAUGGACUUUCUCCUGGAAAAGAGCCUUGCAGACAUUUCCAUGUUGCAAGUGGCCUACAUUAAAGAGGAGGGGAUGCUUCGGGUAGCCAGAGUAGAGCAAUCUUCCACAAUCCUGGAAAGCCCCAACUUUUCCCUGGGAGUUUCACUGAGAAUACCCUGUGCUGCUCAGAGCUACAUCCCCAUCACCUCCAUCAUGUUGCGUUACCAUCACUUCCACUGUGAAGAAGUCACGUUCCACCUCUACCUGAUCCCCAGUGACUGCUCCACUCAGAAGGCCAUAGAUGAUGAAGAAGAGAAGUUCCAGUCUGUUGGAUUACACAAUCCACCCCUGCCAACCCCACUCUACUCAGAGUAUCCCUAUGGGAUUGAAGAGGGCCAAAAAGGUGUCGGGUGGAAAAAGCCUCACUUGCAGGAGGAAUGGUGGCUUCCCGCAUGGUCUCUCCUCUUUCUCCAGGAGCUGGAGCUCUGCUGUAGGAGCCCUGGAGAAUCCCAGCUCUUCUCUGAGUUCUACACUGGCCUGGGGUCAGGGAUCAGGCUGGAAAUGAGAGACAAGAAAGAUGGGGUACAGGGAGUCCCUGACAGAGCUGGAGAAAAGUGUGGUGCAGAAUUAAGAUUCAUGAGAAAAGACCAGACGUAAUGGCCUGACUGAGACUAGAAGAACCCUCGAAGACAUGGCCCCCCGGAUUCUCUGUUAACCCAGGGCUAAAACCAUUUCUGAAGCCCCCUCUUCAGACAAAGAUUAGACUGGACUAUAAAAUAUAAGAUAAUACUUGUGAAGAGUGUGCUUCUUAGUUCAAGUAGAUACAAGAGACUAAAUGGGCAGCUCCUGUCCAGAGGCAGGAUGAGAGGGUAGAAAGGGACAGGAGCUGGUUGAAUGGACAUGGGAAAUGCAGGGUGGAAAGGGGGAGUGUGUUGUCACAUUAUGGGGAUUGCAACCAGUGUCACAAAACAAUUAGUGUAUAAAUUUUUGUAUGAGAAAUUAUAAACUUUCACCUAAAGCACAAUUAAAAAAAAAAGAUGGAGUUGUGAUAUGGAAGGCCUUGGUAAAAUCAGGACAAAUCUAGGGAGUUCAGAGAUGAAAAGAAAAGUCAAUAAAAGUGUGUGUGUGUGUGUGUGUGUGUGUGUCAGGGAGGCCAUUGUAUCAUCACAAUUUACUGACAAGAAGACAUAUCCCAGAGAAGUGGCUUUUUCAAGCUACAUCAUAGCUGGUAUGACCAGAAUUUAAACUCAAGUCAAUCUGACUCCAAGAUCCACGCUCUUUCCAUGCACCAUGUUGUCUACAAACUGCCCUUGAAUUAACAGAGUUUGACGUUCACAAGGCCUUUGGCAAAGUUUCUCAUGAUAGCUUGGAUGCGACAUGAACGAGU